AUCAUGUUUAUGCUUCAUCAGGGCGCGUGAUUAUCUUAACAAUACGACAUCGGCCAAAAGGACCAUCCAAAGAAAAUUGUAUUGAAUUUCGGUGCAAAAUUUACUCAAACUAUCAUCUUCAUGGAACCGGUGGUGGCUCGUCCGGAACCCAGACAUCGUGAACUGCUGCGGUCGGAAACCCGUUGGGAUCGGCAGAGGCACCGGAAGGCCGAACUGGACGUCAAUCGUGCCGGUCUCGGGGAGCUGCUGCACGAAGUGCAACAGAUCGAGAAUGUGUCCGGGCAGGAAAUUAAAGGUCUGGCGUCCAGAAUAAAGCGUCGCAAGCAUGCCGACGCGAAGGAUUUGGUCAAGCUCAGUUAUGGCUUUCAGCAGAGUGGUGAGAAUAUUUCCGAAUUCGUAAGGAUAACGGGAGCCAUCAAUGUGCUGGUUAAGGAAUUCACCGGUCACGAUUCGGAUUUGCAGCUGUUGGCCGGAGAAUGCCUGUGCAAUUUGACGCUUGGGGAUGAUGUCUGCUGUGAAAAAGUGGCCACGUUUGCCGGGACGUAUUUGAUAACGUUUUUGGAAAAUGUGAACAAUAAACGAUUGAAUCAUCUGUGCAUAUGGACAAUACAGAAUAUAAUUUCAUCCGGCAAGAAAUCUAUGCAGGUUUUACAUUCACAAGGUGUGACGGCUACAUUGUGUCGAUUGUUGGAAGAAACUGAAAAUAACGAAUUACUUCAGGACAUUUUGCUAGCCAUAAGUUUGAUUUUGGCUCAUGAUAACGAAUUUCUAAGCAAUGAACAAAUUUUGGCGACACUCCUACCUCAGCUGGUUACAAAAUGCCCUCAAUUCGGAACGAUAAAACUGAUCUAUCUUGGGCUUACUCUAACCAACUUUGAAACAUUGGAUAUUACAAUACCUCCCCUGAUAAUCAAGCAUUGUGUGGAAUUUUUUGCAUCUACAUUCCGGGAAAACAAUGAGAAUCACCUCGGAACUUUGCUCGGGAUACGGAUUCUAUCAAACCUGGUGGCCAAGAGUGACAUUAAUUCGGAACUUCUGUUGAACGAGUGUCAAUCAUUGCAAGUUAAAUUAAGCAGUAUGUUCAACUUUUACUCCGAAAACGGUCACGAUAAAAUUUGUAAAGAACUACUUUGGCUUCUCGGAAACGUUUAUAAAAGUACUCCUAGUCAAUUGAGAGAACAGUAUCUACUGUACGAUAAUUUCAUUUCUGAGCUAGUAGUUCCAAAAGCUGUGCUUGAUACUGAAAGAUAAAUAAAAAAAAUUUCAUUCUACCAUA